AUGAAUGAGCACAAGGGUCUCGAUAAGACAAAUUAUGUCAGAAAUAAGGUGCUUUUUGAGGACCUGUUGGAUCCGUGUGCAGACUGCAAAGGCAAGGUUGUGAUGGGAAAUCAACAGGGAAACAUGAAUUCAGACUUGGAAAGUGACCUCCGUAGUGGACAGUAUCUGUGCUGCACCAGCAACCUGGAGAACAAGCUCAUCGUUUCUCCUAAAAGCCUGAGAAAGGGCAGAGGGCAGAAACACAAGAAAUUGUGGAUGACGAGCUUACUAAAAGUGGAAAGGAGGAUGCCCACAUGCAAACUGAGACUAAAUUCAACUACUGAACGACUCUCACACAAAGUUUUAAAAAAUGAAAAGGGACAAUGUGAGCAUGAAGAUCCUGGAAUGCAGACUGAAUUGAAAAAUAACACAGCCAAGGAUUCAAGGAGUUUUGAGGAAGAUCUGUCCAGUGAGCUCUCAGAGUAUGACAAUGGAUUUGAACUUGACUCAAAUGAGACGCAAUAUCUUCAUGACCUGAUGAAGACUACUACGCAUAGUCCUCAAGAGAUGUCUCAAACAACAGACAUGAGUCAACUGUACCAGUGUGGGAAUAAGCGCAUGGAGCAACAGGAAGCAACGUCCAGAGUGAGAGAUAAGAUACUCGAAGUUGAGAACAUUAUUCACCAAGAGGAGAGUGAGAACAGAGUGCGUGCAGAGGAGAAGUGGCCUUGUGAGCACAUUGGUAAUGUGUCCUUGUGCAACUGUGUGUCCAAAAACAAAGUGAAGAAGAUCCACAUGUCUCUCUUGACCAUGACCGCACUAGAAGAAUCUUCAGACAAUGAGCAACAGUUUGUUUCAAAAAGCAAUGAUAAGGAUAUGCGCAAAAACAGACUCAAUCAGGAAAUAUCUGGAAAUGAGACCAUUGUUAUGGAAUCCGGUAUCAGCAAUGAGAAGCUGUUUGGUGUUGUGCAGAAUGAGAGAGAAGAAGACCACAUUGAGGAAACCAGCAGCAGCAGCAGCAAAGAAACAAUGAAGAUUGUCAGAGAGAACACUGAGGAAGAACCAUUGAAAGACAGAGUCUGUCAGGAUGUCCUCACAGACAUUCAAAUGCAAAUUCAGCAGGAAGUAUCUGCUGCUGAGAGCAGAAUAGAGCCUGAUGGAAAUCUUCAAAACUCUGCAGAUGUUCCAGAGGUAACCAAAGCUGGUGUAAAUGAGCACACUCUGACUAACCACAACCAGGCAUCCACAAACAUGGACUUUCAGACCACUUUAACAUAUUGUGAAGUUGAAGAUCUUUCUGCAGAAUCAUCUGUUGAUACUGAAAAGAUCCAAACAAGAGAUGAGACUGCAGUUGGUCAAGCUACAUGCAAUGGAAGCAGCACAGAAUCAGACAGCAAUUUUGUGGAGGUCCAUCCACCUACCACAAGCCAGAAGAACCAAAUGAAACAUUCUGAGACUGGAGGAGAGAUUUCAGAAGGUUAUGACCUCUGUGACACUGAAGAACACAGUUCAUCUGACAUAAAUAAAAAGAAUAAUUUGGAACCUGAACUGUUAUCUUCAGACAUCCAGCUGGAGGAACAGGUGGUAAAAGUGCAUACAGAAGGAGAAAUGAAUAAAGAGAACAAAGAAGAAGAGACCAUGUUAGACAUAGAUUCAUCUUCCACUGAGAAGACCACAACAGGCCAAACCCCUAAAUCUGUAAAAGAAAACCCGCUCCAACUGUCGUCCCUCUUCACCGGGCUGCUCAGCCCCAAGAAAGAAGCGCUUGAGGAAAAAGACACUCCAGAGCAACCCCAAAGCCCUCCCAAAAGAGAACUUUUUACCGAUCAGUCUAACAAGAAAGAAGUCAAGGGAGACUUCCUAGAACAGCUUACCCAAUUCCUCAGCAAGGGGGAAGGAAAGAGAAAGCAAGAGAGCAUGACAAGCCCCCCACUGUCUCCAAACAGUCAGGAUCCUGCAGAAAAGCCAGAGACAACUGUAGAGGAGCCAGCCAAUACCCAGUCUGAGGAAACAAACAAAUCUACAAAUGCGGAGACGGCCCUAGGUGCACUGAAGGCUUUCUUCACAGUUAAAUCUGCCAAGAAAGACACUUCAAAUCACAUGGACCUGGACACUGUAAAGAGGAAGAUCAACAGGGACAAAGACGUCCUCAAAGCCUUCUUUGAUAGGAGGAGCUCAAGCCAGUCUCCAGACAACAAAGAAACUACUGAUUCCAAAGCUGAGGUGAGUGAGGAGCACACCCCAAAGCGACUUCAGACUGUUUGGCCUCCACCGAAACCCAAAUACGAAGAGGAAAAGAUUGGUCUAAAAUACACUGAAGCUGAGCAUCAGGCAGCUCUUCUGCAGCUAAAAAGAGAAUGUAAUGAAGAGGUGGAGAAGUUACAGGCCGACUUCAAACUUGAGCUCUUCCGGUUACAAAAGAAGAACGAAGAGGAUCUGUCCAGACUAGGAUCAACCAUUGCCAGCUUACAAAGAGAGAGAGACAAAGAGAGAGGCAGAGAUCACAGAGAUGUUGCUGUGUCCACUGACGACAACAUCAAACCACGGGCCUUCCGCUCUGUGUGUAUUCAGACAGAAAGAGAGACCAAGGAAGAUGCCAAGGAAGCCCAGAGCAGGAGUUUUGACCCCCUGCCUAAAAAUGCUGACCUCAACUCAACAAAAAUCUUUACUGGCAAACAAAAGACAGUUCCUCCUCCAGCUCCUCCACCUGUAUCGCUUCAGUUACAGAUGGAUAGCAACAAUACUCCACCCCCUCCUCCUCGCCAGCUUACAAAGAGAGAGAGAGACAAAGAGAGAGGCAGAGAUCACAGAGAUGUUGCUGUCUCCUCCACCUGUAUCGCUUCAGUUACGAUGGAUAGCAACAAUACUCCACCCCCUCCUCCUCCUCCUCCUCCUCCUCCUCUUCCAACAGGCCCUUGUACUCCUAAUGUACCUCCACUUCCUGCUCAGCCACUAGAUAGGCCAGGAAGUGUGCCUCCUCCACCACCUCCACCAAUGACAGGAUGUGGUCUGCCACCACCCGUCCUCCACUCUGUCCCCCCUCCCCCUCCUCCUGGAGUUGGUAUCUUCCCCAGUAAAGCAGCAGACAAUCCUCCUCGCAAGCCGUCAAUGGAGCCAGUCUGUCCAAUGAAACCACUGUACUGGACACGAAUACAGAUUCAAGAUCACAGGAACAAUAUGCUAUGGAGUUCCCUGGAAGAGCCAGAGAUAAUAAACACCAAUGAGUUUGCGGAACUGUUUGCUAAAGCCACAUCGCCCACCAAAAGAAAGCCCCUAUCCAAAGCCUAUGAGAAGAAAACCAAAGCCAGGAAGGUCAUUAAAUUACUGGAUGGCAAGCGCUCUCAGGCCGUGGGCAUCCUAAUCUCAAGUCUCCAUCUGGAGAUGAAGGACAUCCAGCAAGCUGUUUUGACUCUGGACAAUUCUGUGGUUGACUUGGAUGCUAUUGAAGCCCUGUAUGAAAAUAGAGCUCAGCCUGAGGAGUUAGAGAAGAUUAAGAAACACUAUGAAACCUCAGACGAGGAGCAGGUAAAACUACUGGACAAGCCUGAACAGUUCCUGUAUGAACUCUCCAAGAUCCCUGAGUUCUCCAGUCGAGUUCACUGUUUAAUUUUUCAGUCUAAGUUCACUGACGCUGUUGCCUCCAUACAGCGCAAGACUGAGAUUAUUCUUCACGUCUGCAAGUAUCUGUUGGAGAAAGACAGUAUGAGGGAGGUGAUGGGACUGGUGCUUGCUCUGGGAAACUACAUGAAUGGAGGCAGCAACACUUGAGGACAGGCCGUCGGCUUCAGGCUUGAGAUACUUCCCAAGCUUAAAGACGUCAAGAGCAGGGAAAACCACAUGAGUUUGUUGGACUACAUUGAUUCCUACUAUCUGCAUCACCUUGAUAAGAAUGCUGGGACAGAAAAGAGCAUCUUUCCUUUGCCCGAACCUCAAGAUGUUUUCCUUUCCUCUCAAGUGAAGUUUGAUGACCUCUCAAAGGACCUGAGGAAGCUGAACAGAGACCUCACAGUUUGUGAAAAGGAUGUCCUAACUGUGUGUACCAACUCAUCUCAUGAGCACAUACAUCCCUUCAAGGAGAAAAUUGAAUUUUUCAAUGCCAACGCACAAACAGAGCUAAUUACUGUGGAACAUCAAGUGAUAUCGGCACGUAAAAGCUUCUCUGACCUAGUGGAGUACUUUGGACUGAAGCCACGUUCCGGAGAGCAAGAAAUUGUGCCUGGCCAUGUUUUCACACUUUGGUUUGAAUUCUGCAAUGAUUUCAAGAUCAGAUGGAAGAGAGAGAACAAGGUCAUAUCAAAACAGAGAAUCAAAGAGGCCCAACAGUCAGUGCGCAACAUGACAGCAGAGAAGAAGAUUGAGACCAGACAGGCACAUGCGAAUGGACUGAAAGAGAGAUUGCGUCUUAAAGAAGCAAGUCUGACCACCAGCUAACCCCCUCUGCCAUUUCCAAAGGGGACCAGAUACGUUUAUAUUUAAGACCCAGGCACUUGCAUUUUUGGCAGGGUCAGAAUGAAGUGCACCUGCUUGUGUGACACUUUUCCACCAGAUUGCAAGUUAGAGGAUGAUAGUCUUUCAGUGUAGUGGAUCCUGUGUAUAACCCAACAACA